AUGAAGCUUAUCAGCAAUCGAAUCAAACCGAAAUCUCCUUUGUACACAGAGAUGAUAGUAAAUGGUUGCAAAUUUGAAGGACAUUUUGUUACUAAUAUAAUUAAUCAAUUUGCGUCAGAUUCAAUGACAUAUGUCUUCAUUUUCCGUAACGCCCGUCAGAUUUCCGUCUACUUGAUUUUCCGGCGGUGUUUCGUACAAGACGAAUGAGAGCUCUAUGGAUGAAAAAGAAAGGCAACGAAAAAACAAAAAUGAGUAUAUUUGGUUAAAAAGAUUGUUAAAAAGGCUUGAAAUUGGUUAACGUGACCCCAAAAAUAGAAUUGUUAUUGUCGCAAAAAUUGAAUUCUCAUAAUCACAACGUAAACAAGGUGUAUAGAAUUGGCAAG